AUGUCUCUUCCACUUGUCGAUCCGACGAAAUCAUAUUGGAUCGAGGCCGCAGAAUCUCCGUUGAGAGAUUUCAGAUCCAGCGAUGGCCUCCCAGCGGAAACCGAUAUAGCCAUCAUUGGAAGCGGAUAUGCUGGCGCAUCCACGGCAUAUUGGAUCCAUAAGGUAUCGUAGCGCAUGCUCUACAUGGCUACAUUAUGCUAAGAGGGAUCAGUACACCGAAAACAGUGAUGCCAAGCCUCGAAUCCUAAUGUUGGAGGCGAGAGACAUUUGCGGCUCUGCCACUGGUCGAAAUGGUAUGCGGCCUAAUUCUCUCAUCCUUCGACAACGUAGCUCAAAGCUCGCUAGGUGGACAACUACGACCUCAUUUAUACUCUCGCUAUUUGCCUUGGAAAGAGCGAUUUGGCGCCGACGGUGCCAUGGAACUGAUCAGGCACGAACAUGCCCAUCUCUCGGCUUUCAAACACCUCGCAGACCAAGAAGGCUUCGCUGAUGAAGUGUGCUUGAAGUUUGGAGAGACUUUCGAUGCUGCCAUGACAGAAGAGGCCUGGAUUCGACUUCGGGAUAACCUCGAGGCAAUGAAGAAAGACCACGGUAAAGACGAUGAGAUUGUCAAAGCUUGCAGACUCAUUACCGACGCCCAUGAGGCAGAGGAGUUCUCACAAAUGAAGGGCGCUAUUGCUGCUGUUGUUCAUCCGGCUGGUCAAAUGUGAGCCCUAUCUUGCUACGUGCGCGAUUUGCAUUCGCUAACUUCUAAACUUCUCAAACUUCUAGAUGGCCUUACAAAUUCGCUCACGCCCUCUUACGAAAGGUUCUUGCAUCAGGCCAGCUAAACCUGCAAGCUCACACUCCAGCACAGACCAUCUCUGAGCGAGACGCUGAUGGUUGGAUUACUGUUACUACCGAUCGCGGAGUAGUGAAAGCCAGAACCGUCGUUCAUACAACCAACAGAUGGGCCUCUCAUCUGCUCCCGGAAUUUACUAAGCUCAUUCUGGGCGACAGAGCCACUAUGGCUGCUAUCAAAGCGCCUGAAGGCUUCAUCAGACAUACAGGUGCUCAGCACUGGGACUCGGUUGUCAAUAACUAUCAUUUACAAUUGCCACCACCGCACAACACCAUUAUCCUUGGAGGUGGCAGACAGCUGUUAGUACACAGACCGCAUGACUGCUUCUUGAACGACGAGGAAGAUAAGCAGGUUCCUGGCAUGGCCGAGUUCUUCCGGUCCUGGCCUUCAUCAGAUGUCAAGGGGUGGCCGAAUCGAAGCCCUCCAGAGCUGGCGCUGGAUGUGAACAAUGGCGGGUGCUGGACUGGGAGUCAGUCAACCUAUUCCCCAAAGAACAUUCCCAAGUAUGCAAGCUAACGACUUCGGACCAGUGGAAACGACCAGCAUCGAUUCAUUCCCCUUUGUCGGUUCCGUGCCAAACCGAGUGGGACAUUGGAUCGCAGCAGGGUUCGCUGGCCACGGUGAGCCCACCUCACUCAGGUGAAUAAUCAUGAUAAACACUAAUAAUUUCGCAGGAAUGCCACGAAUCCUCCUAUCGACAGCACACAUCACGCCAUUGUUGCUCAAGGAGCUGGGCUUCGAGCAUAGCCCACCCUCGCUUGUGCAGUCAUACCCGUCACUGCCAAAACCCUUCCAUGCCACUGCAGAGCGUGUUGAAAGACUUCAGCAGACUGCCGAUGUUGCAGCUAAGAAGCAGGCAUAUCUGGAUAACUGCGAAGCUAGCGCGAAGAAACCAUUCUGCAAUACCGCGAGAACACGACUGCCGAAUUAG